UUUGGGAGCUGUGCUUCCCAUGCUCCGCGCUGCCGCCUGCGCGGGUGCGGGCUCCGGCGCGGGCAGCGCUCCCAGGGCAGCGCCAGGCGAUGGAUGCGCAGAGCCGCGCAGGGCCGCGGUUCCCCCGCGCGUAGCAGGCGCCCGGCAGCGACGUUCGGCAGCGGGACUGCACCGGGACCAGCCGGCUUUGGGUUGUUUUUCCUACGCUGGAUGUUGUUAAUCUAAAGGAUUCUCAUCAUGAUCGAUAGCUCCAAGAAGCAGCAACAGGGCUUUUCCGAGAUUUUACCCGCUGGAGAUGUGAAGCCGCUGAAGGAGAAGGAAUGCCUUGAGGGGAACAGCCAGAAAAGUCUCAAGGAAGUACUUCAGCUGAGGCUGCAACAACGACGGACACGGGAACAGCUGGUGGACCAGGGCAUCAUGCCACCUUUGAAAAGUCCAGCUGCAUUCCAUGAGCAGAUAAAGAGCCUGGAGCGAGCCAGGACUGAAAAUUUUUUGAAGCACAAGAUUCGCAGCAGGCCGGACCGCUCUGAGCUGGUCAGAAUGCACAUCCUGGAAGAGACCUUUGCAGAGCCUUCACUACAAGCCACUCAGAUGAAACUGAAGAGAGCGCGGUUGGCAGAUGAUCUCAAUGAGAAAAUUGCUCAGAGGCCUGGCCCUAUGGAACUGGUGGAAAAAAAUAUUCUUCCUGUAGACUCCAGCGUUAAAGAAGCUAUUAUAGCAGUUGGACAAGAGAAUUAUCCUCAAGCUUUGGAUGAUUAUUCAUUUGAUGAAGACAGCAGUGAUGCUUUAUCACCAGAUCAGCCAGCCAGCCAAGAAUCCCAGGGUUCAGCAGCUUCCCCUGGUGAGCCAAAGCCAAGUGACUCACCAUCACCAAUAACACCAAAUGCUACUACGUCAACACAGUAUCCACCUUUAACUUCUCCAGUUCCUGAAUUUCUCAAAACUCCCUCUACAAUCGAGCAGCACGUUACACGUUCUACUGCUACAACCACCCUGACCACAAACACUGUCUCUGCAGCAAAGCCUGGGCCAACGUUAGUAAAGCAAAGCCACCCCAAAAACCCAAAUGACAAGCAUCGGAGCAAGAAAUGUAAAGAACCUAAGCCAAGGGUGAAAAAACUGAAGUAUCAUCAAUAUAUUCCACCUGAUCAGAAAGGUGAGAAAAAUGAGCCACAGAUGGACUCCAACUAUGCUCGUCUGCUACAACAGCAGCAACUGUUUUUGCAGCUGCAGAUCCUGAGCCAACAGCAACAACACUACAACUACCAGACAAUUCUACCUGCACCACUGAAGCCACUAAAUGACAAACAGAGCAGCAAUGGGAAUACGCCACUGAAUACUCUGAACAACAAUACACCAACCUCAGCUGCCAGCUCACCCAGACAGAACACUACUAUUCCCAGCCGGAAACCAGGACCUCUGCCUUCAAGCCUGGAUGACUUGAAGGUAGCAGAGCUUAAAAUGGAGUUGAAAUUGAGGGGAUUACCAGUGUCUGGAACAAAAACAGAUCUUAUUGAGCGUCUGAAACCCUAUCAAGAUCUUAAUAACAAUGGGGUUGCUACUAGUAGCUCUGUUACAGUAACCACUUCUACUGUGGCCACAGGUAACACUGGGGAAGUGACUGUGGCAUUUCCUGUUGCAACACUAAAUAAACCAGUAGCCAAUACGAUAUCCAGCUUCCCUCCAGAAAAAACAUCUACUGGACCUGGCUGCAAAGCAGUAAAUACUGAAAACAUCAGCUCUCCUUUGCCCAUAUCUCCCUCGCCUUCAGAACAAUCUAAUCUAAGCACAGAUGAUACUAGUAUGGCAGAUACUUUCACAGAAAUGAUGACCAUGAUGUCACCUUCCCAGUUCUUAAGUUCUUCGCCACUAAGAGCAAACGUAAGCGAUGAUAAUCAGAGUCGCGGCAGCAUCUCAGCCAUGGAGUUCGAUGUGUCGGAAAAGGACCGCAAGCUGCAAGAAAAAGAAAAGCAGAUUGAAGAGCUCAAAAGGAAACUGGAACAAGAACAAAAACUUGUGGAAGUGCUGAAAAUGCAACUUGAGGUUGAAAAACGGGGACAACAGCAACAGUCUCAGAUUUCUGGUAACUCAGCUGCUUUGGAACAGAAGCAAUUCAGCACUGCUGUCAAAGAUGAAAAUGCUCUUACUGACUGCUCUAGUACCAGCCAGGCUGUACCUGUAGUUAGCCAUUCUCUAGGACAAUCAGUAUAUACUAGUAACCAGAAUCCCGUUGCCAAAAAGGCGGUUGUGAUCAAGCAGGAGAUACCUAUGGCCAAAGCUGAACCUCAGAAUGCCAUUUCUCAGUUUUAUGUUCAUCCACAGAGGCAGCCACAAACAGCAGUUGUUGCCCAACCUCAAGCUUUACUAACUACCCAAGGAACUGCACAGCUGCUCCUCCCACUGUCUAUCCAGGGACCGAAUUCUGCCACUGCAGUGCAGCUGCCAGUGGGAAAUAUAAAGUUGCAGGCUCAAUCACAAGCUGGAAUACAGACCCCAUCACAAAUACCUGCUCCUAUUUCUUCCUCUGGCCUGGUCCAGACAGCACCUCAGAUGCAUACUCCACAAUCAAAACAAAAUACCAUCACGCAGCAUGCACUUGGUCAGACCCAACAAAUCAGAAAGGUUUUUCCACCAGCUACAUCAAAUACAGUAUUUUCCUAUCAGACUGCAGCAGUUACAACACCUUCACAAACUUUUAUUAAUAAAACAUCAAAUUCAAACAUUCACACUGGUGGUAAUCAGAUGGCCUCUGUGCAGAAUGGACCUGCUGCUCCUAACAAGCCUGGCUCUCCAUCUCAAGCCCAGACCUACAUUGUUCAACAGUCCCUGUUUAACAACACAGUAUCCAAGGCAAAAGACCCUCCUCGUUACGAAGAGGCCAUCAAACAGACGCGCAGUAUUCAGCCGUCGCACCGUGAGGUUUCCAGUGCACACAGUCAGCAGAUGGAUGAUCUCUUUGAUAUUCUCAUCAAGAGCGGAGAGAUUUCACUUCCAAUAAAGGAGGAACCAUCUCCCAUUUCUACAAUGAGACCAGUAACAGCCAACAUCACUACAAUGCCAGUGAAUACAGUGAUAUCCCGCCCACCACCACAAAUCCAAAUGGCCCCUCCCCCUGUGUCCUUAGAACCAACCACCAGCUUAUCUGUAAGUUUGGAAAACCAACUUGAAGCCCUCUUGGAUGGAACUUUGCCAUCAGGUAAUGAAAUUCCUCAACUGACAAGCAGUAAUGAGGACAGAGAGUCAUUUUCUUUAAUUGAAGACCUCCAGAAUGACCUGCUCAAUCACUCCAGCAUGUUAGAUCACUCUCACUCACCCAUGGAAACAUCCGACCCGCAGUUUGCCACUAAUAAUUCCUGUCUGUCUCUUGACCUUCCCGAUACAACUUUGGACAAUAUGGAAUGGCUGGACAUUACAAUGCCCAGCUCCUCCUCUGGACUCACUCCUCUCAGUUCUACUGCCCCCAGCGUGUUUUCCACUGACUUUCUAGAUCCACAAGAUCUACAGUUGCACUGGGAUUAAACUGCACCCAAUGAGAACACCUGCAAGUCUCCUUACAGCAGAGGUCCAUUAUUACACCAUUCUGAUUGCAGUUACGAGAAAUUGAGACGACAGUGUUUGGAAGAACAAAUGCUUGAAGCUAAUUCCUUAUUGGAUUUUCAAGUUUACAACAGUGAAUGGCUUUAUGCUUCUAUCAGUAAUGAUGCAGAUCAGGGCUCUCUGAAAGCUGUAUUUCACAAGUCAAGAAAGGAUGAUUGUACUCAGUGAUUAAAAGUACCCCUAGGUAAAUGCAUCACAAAUAUUUAAGAAAGAAGUUAGGUCUCUGAGUUUGGAACGCUUAAAUGAGCAACACAGCAUGGCUAAACUUAGAGAAGCAAAAGUGAGAUUUCAACUGCCUUUAUUGACACAGUGAUGAGCAAAUGUUUGGGGGAGGGUGAGGUAUCACUGCACUUCAUUGUUCCUGUGGAUAGCCUGAGCCAGGUUCAAAAUGAAUAGUGAGGGCAAAGGCAAGUAGAAGCACUGGCUGGUUCAGUGAAAUUUCAUAUAGCUAGUCUCUUAAUUUGUUCAAGUUGUUUUUAUAUUUUGAUUUUGUGGUUUUAAAAACUUCUCCCACUCUUUAAUCAUGAGGGAAGAAUUCAACUGCAUCCAAAGGGAUAUUAAGUGUAACUGCAAGAAAUCCACUGUAGCUAUGCCAGGUAACAUUGAGAACACUGAUUUUUUUCUAUAACAAUGCUCUGGAUUUAAUAGCUAGGUUUUAAUGUGUAUAUCAGACAGUUAUUUGUAUAACUCUUUUAACUUUGUAUAGCUUAUUUUUGUGAACAGAGGGGAACAGCAGUUUUCAAACAAGAGAUGAGUAAAAAUCCUAAUUUACUUAGUGUUUGAGGAUACUUGUUAGAUCAUUGAAUCCAGUAUCUCAGCAUAUUAGAACAGUUUGAGGAAGCAGGAAAGUUUAACACGGUUGUGCACUGUGAUCUUGCAAGCAUCUAUGCAAGAUAGUCCCAGUGCCCUCAAUAAAAGAUGUCUUUAGCAUUGGGCAAGUUGCAGGGCACAGUAAUGACAGGCCAACCAUCAUUUCUUAACAAAUACUUAAUCUGUUGAAUAGCUCUGUCUACCGCUACAUAACGUCAGGGAAGCUAAACAGAGAAGCUGCUCAGUGAGAAUCCUACAGUGUCAGGAUGUACUGGUUUGUGUUAAGAAGGCAUAUUUCAUACCUGAAACAGAUAAUAGCAAAAAUUAAGGUCUUACCUCACAGCACAGCACAUGAAAAUAUUACUAUUUUAUAAACCUUAGUUGUUUUUUCAGAGUAUAUUGUGAAAGCAGCUGGAAAAACAAAGCAAUGCGAACAGAAGAAAUAUCCUUGGACUCCUGUGGUUAUUGCUCAGGUAAUAGCUGUUAAAUGUUGCCAUAGAUGAUGCAGGCUGAUAAUCAAACACAAAAUUAGAGUCCCAUUAGGGAAUUCCUAAAUUAAGAUAAAAGGAAACUGUCUCCUAUUUCCUGAACAAUAGAAAUGUGAUUUGUUUUCUAGUCUGAAAACUGAUCUCAUUGCAGAAUUCCUUCCUCAACACCCACCUUCCAAGAGUUUGUAGGAACUAAUUACAAAAUGCUCUGAAACUUUUGCUUGCUACACAAAUGAUGUGUAUCAAAGAGUAUCAAAGAAACAGUGAAAAGAGAAAGUAGCUGUUAACUAUUUAGUAACCUACAUCAUAAAAAAAAGAAAACCAAAACACAAUCAUAUUAGUAUUAAAAAUAUACUUUUGUCAGAAAAUAUUGUGGAAUUAACUGCAAAUUUAUGUCUCCAGAUACACAAUGCUGUCUGGUUUACUUAUUCUGGAGAAUUCCAUUGGCUUCAGAUGAAGUAGUUAGAUCAUAGGUUCAGGGUUUGAAUUGGUAUCAUGUUUGCAUCAUAUCAGUUACCAGCACUUUAAACCAUUACGUAUCUUCCAUAUAAGUAAAGGAAAACAAUCUGUGGACAUUUUCAAAACAAAAGAUAAACCUGAAAGACAUCUCCUUAUUCCUCCUUGCUGUGCCUACAAUACUUGAGUACAAUAUUACACGUGGACUGUCUGCCUUAAACUUUGAUGGGAUAGGACUCUUCAACGACACUGAAAGAAUACAUUCACCUUUUUGCAUUCCUUUUCAUCAGAUUGUCUUGGGAGCUAAUACUCUGAGAUACUAAGUGCCCUCAGCUGUUAGGAGAAUAAGAAUGAAAGACUUUUGGUCUGACAGGAACAACUUUGAGUGAAAUUUAGUGUUCUGCAGUACUGUCAAUUUAUUACGUGUGAUAUGCCAGACAUCACACCACGUGUGUGCUUAGAGUUACCCCGUCUGACCCUGCCUUCUGAUUGAAUAAAAGGCAAGUAAAUUAAUUUUUAGAGGACAAAUUAACCUAGAGCAACUGUACUGUCAUUUUUGAUGUGCAUGUAAAUAGAGCUUAAAACUGGCAAAGUCAUCUUGCUACCAAACUAUCCUUAUUGGCAGUGUAGAAUGUUAACUGCUCCAUAGGAAUCUCUGUGCAGAAAUAAACCCAAACAGUUGGGAUGUGUUGUUAGCAGUACAGUGUAGCUUUCUACUCUCAAAGUCUAUUUAAAAAUUUAAAAGAAUAAGGGAUCAUUUUAGUUUUUGAAGUACAAAUAUUCUAGUGUAGAGAAUGUGUGAUUACUUUUUUGUACAUUUCAGAAUUGUGUAUUAGACUUUCUAUAUAAUGGUUUGCUUUAGACUUUGUUCUGAAAUGUGCUCUAUUUGCCAUAGUUCUAUAUGCCCGUUAUGGCAGAAAUAGGUUUUGCUUAGAUUUUUGUGUGUGCAUGUUUUACAUGACAAUUUUUAUAACACAGAUACAGUACAUCUUAGAAACUAAAUCACAACUGUGCAGUCUGACUGUACAGAAUGGAAUAUUUCUCAUGAAGAGAACGGUUGCAAAGGAAUGCACAGGCACUAAAUUUGCCAUCUAAUGGCUGCAGUAUACUAACAGAACACGGCCUAUCAAAGAUGUUGUUAGUAGACCCUUCAAAGCAAUUAAGAGUACCAUUUUAUCAGUGUGAGUAUGAAAAGUUGGUGUUUAUACUUCCAGACACAGAGACAAGUCAGACAUGUUUCACAAGGCCAGUGUUAAUCAAGAGAAGUCACGUCCUGCGUUUAAUACAGAAGUGGCAUUUGUUGCACACUUCUAGUGCCAUUCAGCGUUAGUUAAGGCAAGUUAAGUUCACAGACAAAGUUUUGUUUAACACUAUAAAUAGUUAAGAAAUGAUUGUCCUAAAUUUAUGGGAGUUGUUCUACAGAAAUUAGAGUCUAAUCCAGCACUGUGGCAUUGCAGAAUCAGACCUUUAAAAAGCUGAGGCCGCAGCUUUUAGAAAUAAUCACUCCUUAAUACUGACAUUUCUUUCCAAAGUAUUUCUAAUUUCACCAACAGGAGUUAUGUUUAAGGAAGCAGGUGAUCAAAAUAGAAUUUUCAACAUUAAGUGUUUAUGUGAGGUAAUCUCAGACAUUCAGAUGCCUGAAGAGUGUAAGCACCAUAAUGAGAAACCAAGCACAAGCUGCUCAACUGUUUUCAAGGCAGAGAAAAUGCAAUCACAGAAUACAUUUAACUGGAAGGGCAUUAUGUAAUCAAAACACACUAAAGCUCACGGAUGUAUGCUGUUAUUCUUUGUAUGGCAUCUUCAGUGUAUUAUAAACUUAAAGCAAAUUCUAUUAAAACUGGAAAAAAACCCCCCACAUUUCUUCCACUUGUCUCUAGUAAAUGUUCUGUUGAAACUCUUUAUAGUGUGGACUACUAAAUCGCUUUUUGAUGACUUCUAGACCAUCCUACAGAUGGGUUUUUAUGUGAGGUACGUGGAAUGGAGUCGAGUACAGUAUAUACAUGGCCAAUAAAGAGCAUCCACUAAAACCCAAAGUAAUCUCAAAUAUUCCUUUUAUACCAGUUUGCUAGGAAUCAAGUGCAAAGACCAGAUAGCUACAUCAUUCUGUAGUGUCUGAUACUGAUACAGAAAGACUUUUUAAGUGCAUAAAUGUAUUUGUAGAAAUCUAGCCAAAAGAGCCAUUCUAGCCAUGAGAGCAAAGUCUCCAUAAAGGGCAGGGAAUGGUUAGUAACUAUAGAAUCACAUUAUUUUUCUAAAAAAAUAAGAAAAUACACAGCUCAGCUAUUCAGAAGACAGCCUAAAAGAAAUGAUAAUAAUAUAAAGUGAAAUAGGAACCAAAGCAUUGCCAUUUCUAUUGCCAAAGGAGGCGCUUUGUAUUUUGAAGAACAGGAUAUUAAAUCCCCCAAAGUAUUGUCCAUACUUUUUUAAAACUGAGGAUGUAGAUAUUUUCAGAGCUGUUUUUGAUGUUUAACAGUACAGACUUGUUUUGUUGUUUGAGAAAUUUGUAUUAAGUAAUAGCACAGGCUUUUUUCCAGGUAAGGUUUUUCUUCACAGUACUGCUUGCAGUAGAAAUAACGCUAACCCUGGUAGGUGUUUCUCUUCUUGUUUUCAUACUCAUAAUUAUGUCUUAGCAUCUCAUUUUGUGAAAAGAAGGCGACAGACACCUGUCUCUAGGGCCCUCUUCCUUUAAGCACUACUUUACUGAAUGCAAAUUAUGGCAAUCAGGGCGUCAAGUUUAUGUAUUGCCUUUCUAUAAGAAACCAUGAUGCCUUUGUAUUUGCUGUUUGCACCCCUAAAAUCAAUUCCAUAUGUUUGAAUGCCAUAUGUUUUGCACAUUGUACUGUAUAUAUGUAAUGCAUACUGUAUUUUUAUAUGUGUACUACAUUUAUCAAAUAUUUUGUACAUAGUGGCAAUAUUGUAGCUACUGAGGAAAUGUUUGAUAUUUCAGCAUUUUUGCUAAGUGUCUCAAAUAAAAAAGGAAAACUG